AAUAAAACAUAUCCUCGCUCAGAACUUCAAUGGAGGUACUUUGUAACGGCUGAUAAGAACUUGUUAUUGUUAAAAGAAUUUGUUUCGAAACUGUAAAUUGAUCUUUAAAUAAUAAUGCCUCAAAACGAGCACAUUGAUUUGGCACGCAAAAGAUAUGGAUAUCGACUUGAUCAUUUCGAGAGAAAGCGUAAGAAGGAAGCAAGAGAAGUACAUGAAAGGGCUGAACAUGCAAAGAAACUUCAUGGUCUGAGGGCAAAACUCUACAAUAAGAAGAGACAUGCAGAGAAAGUACGGAUGAAGAAAACCAUCAAAAUGCACCAGGAGAAGAAAAUGACGUCCAGGAAUGAAGACAAGGUCCCAGAAGGAGCUGUUCCAGCCUAUUUAUUGGACCGUGAAGGGCAGUCACGCGCGAAGAUUCUUAGUAACAUGAUCAAGCAAAAACGAAAAGAGAAGGCUGGAAAGUGGGUUGUCCCGUUACCAAAAGUUAAAGCGAUUGGGGAAAACGAAGUGUUUAAAGUGGUGAAAACCGGAAAAUCCAGACGAAAAGGAUGGAAACGGAUGGUGACCAAAGCUUGUUAUGUUGGCGAGGGGUUUACCAGAAAACCGCCGAAAUAUGAACGGUUUAUUAGACCAAUGGGGCUCAGAUUUAAGAAGGCGCAUAUCACGCAUCCAGAGCUCAAGGCAACGUUUUGUCUUCCGAUCAUUGGAAUAAAAAAGAAUCCACAAUCGCCAAUGUACACUUCGCUUGGUGUUAUCACCAAAGGAACAGUCAUUGAGGUCAAUGUUAGUGAGCUUGGUUUGGUAACGCAAGGCGGAAAAGUUGUCUGGGGAAAAUACGCACAAGUUACGAACAAUCCCGAAAACGAUGGAUGCAUCAACGCUGUUUUACUCGUAUAGUGAUUCCUAGAGGUUGGUUAAGAUGAUGAAAAAGGUCAAAGAUAUGUUAAAAUGACACGAUGGAAGGUGGAUUAAAUGACUUGUUUUUGUCGUGCUCUUCUGCAACCUUGUAGGUUUAUUUGCUGGUGAAAUUCAACUAAAUUUGGUUAAAUUUUUUACUGCGAAAGAGUUGUUCAAAACAUGUGAAUUUUUUAUUGACUGA